CAUCUAACUUGUUGUUCAAGAAGUGAACCUUUACAAAAACUUGUAAAAGCCAUCCCAGUUUCUUCCAAUUCGCCGAUCAAUCAGCUGACUCUAACAAGGUUUUACAGAUCGAAGUCGAAGAAGAAGAUGUUUCUCACUAGGUCUGUCUAUCAAUCUGUAAUCUUAUGCUUAUGGGUUCACUUAAAUGUUCGUCCUUUUUGUGUUUCGAUUCCGAUUUUGUUGUUGCGAAGGACCGAGUAUGACAGAGGAGUCAACACUUUCUCUCCUGAAGGCAGGCUCUUCCAAGUCGAGUAUGCCAUUGAAGCUAUCAAGCUUGGUUCUACUGCAAUUGGAGUGAAGACAAAGGAAGGAGUUGUGCUUGCUGUGGAGAAGCGUAUCACCUCUCCUUUACUGGAGCCGAGCAGUGUGGAGAAGAUUAUGGAAAUUGAUGACCAUAUUGGCUGUGCCAUGAGCGGUUUAAUUGCUGAUGCGCGUACACUUGUUGAGCAUGCAAGAGUUGAAACUCAAAACCACAGAUUCUCGUAUGGUGAGCCAAUGACUGUAGAGUCCACAACGCAAGCGCUGUGUGAUCUGGCUUUACGGUUUGGUGAAGGAGAUGAAGAAUCAAUGUCUCGGCCAUUUGGAGUGUCUCUUCUCAUUGCUGGUCAUGAUGAAAACGGACCGAGCUUGUACUACACCGACCCGUCUGGAACAUUCUGGCAGUGCAACGCAAAGGCCAUUGGUUCAGGGUCAGAAGGAGCUGAUAGUUCUCUUCAAGAGCAAUUCAACAAAGAUCUGUCACUCAGUGAAGCUGAGACGAUUGCGGUUUCCAUCCUCAAGCAAGUUAUGGAAGAGAAGGUGACUCCGAACAAUGUGGACAUCGCCAAGGUAGCACCAGCGUACCAUCUCUACACUCCAGAGGAAGUGGAAGCAGUCAUUAGUCGUCUAUGAGGAUGAUGCUUCUCAUGGGUGAUGUGUUUAUCCCCGCCUUGUUCUAGUUCGGAUUUUGAAACAAAAGACUUUCUUUCACUUCUGUCUGUUAGAUUCGAUGUUUCAUGUGACAUUUAAGUCUUGUUUAUGUAAGAGAACCUUUUCUUUCCCUUUUCAGACUCAGGGCUUCGUUUUGUUAGCUGCUAUUGGGUUGGAAUCGCGUUAAUGGGCCUUGCUUUUGUAUUGACUAUAAACCCAUUCGGCCCGAGUAACAAAAAUCAUAUAUCACCCUUA